GAGUUCAAACCUUCACGUGUUGAUUGCGAAUUUUUGUGAGAAAAUGUAAUUACGACAAAUUUUGUAACAACUUUGGAUUAAGUGCAACGAUUUCUUAGUGGAUAUCACGCAACUGUGGGCUACACCGUUUUUCAGGUAAUAUGACGAGUCAGGAUGAAUCAACGACAUCCUCUGCGCAGUUUGUGGAUUCCCUGGAUUUUGACUUCUCGAUAAUGGAUCAAGACAUUGAGAGUCAUAUAUUAAAGUUAAAAGACUCUCUAGAACAUGAAGAUCUUUUACAUAAAGUCAAUCAAUUUCAAGAUACCCUCAAACAAUGCUUAUCUAUAUGCCCCGUCGAUAUACUCGAGGAAGGAUUGUUCGUCAGCAUUCUACCUCUUGGACGUCAAUUAUUUCUUGAGACUUUAAAUACGACAAAUGAAAGCACAGUACCUUCAAGGGAUGAUGUUAAAGCCAGUCUUGAAUCGUGUGAGCGAUUACUGGAGUCCUGGGAGGAGUGCUUGCACCACGUGGAAGGCCUUCGCAGGGUAUCAGUAUCCAGGGUGAAAUCGCUUGUCGUGCUUUUACCAGAAGUAGCAAAACGAGCUGUCGAGCAUUGCAAAGUCAGCCAAAGUGUUUAUGGGCCAUUAUUUACCGAGGUUUCGAAGGAACUCGCAGCCCUUUUUCACAAGACCAAUUCGACGCUUAAAUUAUUCUUCGAUAACCUCGAAAAGGUGAUCCUCUUUGAUGCCAAUGUAAAGUCAGAUAUUGAUAUACUGAUCAAUGUUAUCGAUACCAUUACUGAGAUUGCCGUGCUGGUUCAUGGAAUUGACUUGAAAACUCUUGCUGAUGUCUGGACGGCAUUUGGAAAGUUGGCAUCGAUCCAUCGUCAUGGAAUAAUACGUGUGUUACCCACGUGCAUUACGGUGCACUUGAAAUCGUUAUCGGAUCAUAUUCUCUCUCUUUUACAUUCAUCGCUGCAGAAUCCUGAUAGCAGAAAUGGAGACAGAUCGAUAAAGUGCUGUAGUUUGUUGUUUAAGAAUCUUAAUAAAAUUUGCUCAGCCUACUGCGGAUAUUUGGAGUCUGAUACAAUUGGUAUUCUCAUCAAUUUACUUGCAGAGAUUCACGGAAAUUCUCCGAGUUGUCUACGAGCGAAGGGAAUUAAUGAAAAAGUCAUUCAAUUAAUUGAACACAGUGUUACAAUAGGGACAGAACCCUUUCUGAAUACUAUAUUCAAAGAGGCAAACUUCCAGCAGAUAUUCCUUAAGUGUGGCGAAGAAGAAUCAAAAAAUGCUGUCGGUUAUCACUUACUGACUUUGAGUAUAGUUAAAAAAUUGAUAGGCACGACGUACACAUCCUGGUACAUAUGGCUACAAGGACCGUUUACUCUGCUAGACUUGCUCUUCAAAAAUAUUGAACUUUUGCACCAAGAACUUUGCGUUGGACAACUACGUAUUCAAAAUGCAUCAGGGAACGAAGAAGCUGGGCUUUCUAUCUAUGACGUAACUGUAAUCUCAGUGCUUAGUCUUAUCAUUCAAGUUCCAGCAAGUGAUUUCGAAAAAGUUGAAUUGCAUUUGCUAAAGUACCUACUCAGUGGCGAAUUUUGGAGUUCUCUAUUAGCCUUGGACACUUGGAGCUUGAUUGGACGAAUAGGUUCAUCAGAAUUAUGCUACGAGCAUGUCAACUAUCUAAUAAAAAUUUAUGAGACAUUAAUAGAGAGAGAAAGCAAUCUGGAAAUUAUUAUGUUAUCUUGUCUAAUUAGAAGACUGUAUCCCUUUCUUUCGGAAGAUAUGAAGGAUUUCUUUGUGACGAAAUUAACGUCUGCGAAUCCUCGACAUUGGAUGCCUCUAAAAGAUCAUUUAUCCUUGAGUGCAAAAUCAAUGUUAUAUAUCGGAAACUCAUCAUGUACCAAUGAUAUCUCCAUAAUUUUAUCGAAUCUGUAUCAGCAGCCCUGUAUGAAAAAUUGGACCGAUCUGAUUAUGAUAUUAAAAAAAAUCGAAGCUACUACUCAGAGACUGAACGAAAAUACUAUGAGAAUCAUAGAGAAUAUUUGGAAAUGUAUAUCUAGAACAGCAGAGGAAUGUGAGGGAAUGCAAAAAGAACUUAUAUCCAGAUUAAUAAUUGCACUACUAGGAGGUACUCGACCUGAGAAGAUCGAUGAUAACAUAUUCUCCACGAUCUUAUCCUAUGUGAUUUCUAUAUAUCCCCAUAUGGAGUCUCAUGUGCGCGUUAAGAUUUCUCAUUAUUUGAAAGACUGCCUGGACAUCUUUACCGACUGCGAUUCUAUGGAAGCAGCCAAUACAGUUUCCAAUCUUUACUGUUGCUUGUUAGAGGACCAGAAUCCAUGGGUUCGUCAGGAAUCCCUUGAAAGUUUUGACUACUUGGCGCAUGUGUGUCCUAAUGAUACUCUCAUUACUAAUAUAGCAAGUGCGAUUUCGGCGAAUCCCCUGGUUCGCGAUUCCAUGCGAUUAUAUUUGUCAAACACAUUGUACUACAAAUUAGAACGAUUCCCGUCUUUGAUAGAAUAUAUGUGUGCGCUAUCUCGGGAGUAUCCGCAGCUCAAGAAUCAGCACGUGUGUCACGAACGAAAUACCGAUGAGCGUCAUGAAAAAAAAGCAAGAGUAGAAACUUACGUGGAACCGACUGAUGAAUACGUGGAUCAAUUGAAAUUAGAAGUGCGCGUAAAUAAUGUAUGCGAGGAAUUAAAAUAUUUUAUAUGCAAUAGAGAAAGCCUUUCCACGGUAGCUUUGGAGAAAUUACGAAAAUUUGCAAGAAGCAUACUGGACUGAGCAACUUUAUUAUUUUAACUAUGCUAAAUCUUGGAGCGAGUGCGUAUAAUAUCUGAGGGACGUGUGUUAGUAGCUAAAUAGUUCUUGAUAAGCUGCGGCUAGGAGUGUAAAGGCAAUCGUAACCAGCAGCUAUAACGUAUUCAGCGUUCACGAACAUCGUAU